AUGGAGGUAGAGGAUAAAGUGGGGCCAAAGCAAAAGGGAAAGGCAAAUAAGAAGACUACUGAAGUCAAUAGCGACAAUUCGAGAACUUCUGAUAAAACAGCAAGCCAGAGGCGUAAAAGCUUGACGGUGGAAGAAAAAUACCAGAAGCUAGACCCUCGCGAGCAUGUUCUGAAGCGUCCUGAUAUGUACAUUGGAAGCGUGGAUAAAGUGACUCAGGAGAUGUGGGUGUAUGACAGAGAGAAAAAAGGUCUUGUUUAUCGAAAUAUUACCUACGUUCCUGGAUUCUACAAGAUAUUUGACGAAAUUCUCGUGAAUGCUGCUGAUAACAAGCACAACGACCCUACAAUGGACACAAUCCGAGUGGAUAUCGAUCGCGAUCAAGGCCGCAUCACAGUAUGGAACAACGGAAAGGGAAUUCCAGUUGUUAUCCACAAAGAAGAGAAGGUGUACGUCCCCUCUCUAAUCUUCGGUCUUCUGUUAACGGGAGGGAACUUUGACGAUAACGAAAAGAAGGUGACGGGAGGUCGGAAUGGGCUGGGAGCGAAGCUCACCAAUAUCUACAGUCUUGAAUUUUCUGUGGAAACAGCGGAUAAGAAGGAAGGCAAGGAGUUCAAGCAGGUCUGGUUCGACAAUAUGAGCCGCUGCAAUGAUCCCGUGAUAAAAAAGUACCGCGGGAAAGAGUACACGAAGAUCAGCUACGUUCCGGAUUUGAAACUCUUUCAGAUGGAUUCGAUCGAUGAUGAUACGCUCGGCCUCUUAGAGAAGCGAGUGUACGAUAUCGCAGGCGUUACGGACAGUUCGCUGAAAGUGUAUCUGAAUGGCGAGCGUCUGAACGUGAAGAACUUCGAGUCGUACAUCAAGAUGUACCAGAACGAAGGAGCUACCGAGACGAAAGAAAACAAAGUGGUGUAUUGCAAUGCUGGCGAGCGAUGGGAAGUGGGCGUGGGAGUGAGCGAUGGCCACUUCCAGCAAGUUUCGUUUGUGAAUAGCAUCUGUACGAGUAAGGGAGGCAAGCACGUGGAUUACAUCGCACAGAAAGUGAGUGAUUAUCUGCUGCCCGUCUUCAAGAAGAAGCUGAAGAAGGACAUCAAACUGACCAUGGUGAAACAAUAUCUCUACAUCUUCGUGAACUGCAAGAUCGAGAACCCCACGUUCGAUUCCCAAUCGAAAGAAACGCUCACGAAGGUGAGCAAAGGCUGGGGAUCGCUGCCCGUUCUCUCCGAGCAGUUUUUGAAAAAGGUGGAGAAGUGCGGUAUCGUGGAUGCAGUGAGCGUGUUCUCGCGCUUCAAAGAAGACCAGAUGCUGAAGAAGCAGUCGGGCAAGAAAACAGCACGGAAGCUGAAUAUCCCCAAACUGGAUGAUGCGAACUUUGCAGGAACACGGCACAGCAAGGACUGCACACUGAUUAUCACAGAGGGAGACUCGGCAAAGUCGCUGGUUGUAGGCGGAUUGUCGAUUAUUGGUCGAGACUAUUACGGCGUGUUCCCGCUCCGCGGGAAGAUGUUGAAUGUUCGCGAUGUGUCGCGUGCUGCUGUGAUCAAAAACGAGGAGAUUCACAACCUCGUGCAGAUUUUGGGUCUCAAAUUCGACACAGUGUACGAUGAUGUGUCUUCUCUGCGUUAUGGAAAGCUCGUGAUCAUGGCGGAUCAGGAUUAUGAUGGCUCGCAUAUCAAAGGACUGGUCAUCAAUUUCUUCCAAGUGUUCUGGCCCUCGCUGCUGAAACUCAACUUCCUACAGCAGUUUAUCACCCCCAUCGUGAAAGCCACGAAGGGACGGCAGAGCUUCAUGUUCUUCACCUUGCAGCAGUACAAGAACUGGCUGCAGACGCAUAAUGAAGGAAAGGGAUACUACAUCAAGUACUACAAAGGUCUGGGAACUUCCACUCCGCAGGAAGGAAAGGAGUAUUUCAGCAAUCUGAGUCGCCAUCUGGUUCCCUUCAAAUCGAUUACCGAUGAUGAAUCAUCGCACUUGGAUAUGCUGUUUCGAAAGAAGCGCGUUGCGGAGCGAAAGGAGUGGAUUAAUCAAUACCAGCCCGGCGAUUAUAUCGAUUAUGCGGUGGACAAAAUGGCUUAUUCCGACUUCAUGGACAAAGAGCUGAUCCAGUUCUCCCGCUACGAUAACGCUCGCUCCAUUCCCUGCGUCGUGGACGGUCUCAAGCCUUCCCAGCGCAAAGUUCUCUUCGGCGCCUUCAAGCGAAAGCUCACCUCCGAAAUCAAAGUGGUUCAGUUCUCUGGCUAUGUCUCCGAGCACGCUGCCUAUCACCACGGAGAGCAAUCCCUCAACGACACCAUCAUCGGAAUGGCGCAGGACUUCGUGGGAUCGAACAACAUCAAUCUGUUCGUCCCUGCGGGUCAGUUCGGAAGUCGAUUAUUGGGCGGAAAGGACGCGGCCUCGCCUCGAUACAUCUACACCUAUCUCUCUCCGAUCACCCGUCUCAUCUUCAAAGAGGACGACGAUCUGCUGUGCAACUAUCUCGUCGAGGAGGGGCAGAGCAUCGAGCCCGAGUUUUAUCUCCCCAUCAUUCCCAUGGUGCUCGUGAACGGUGCCGAAGGCAUCGGUACCGGCUACAGCACCAAGAUCCCCAAUUACAACCCUGUCGAGAUCGCUAACUACAUCAUCGCGAAGCUCAACAACGAAAAGCCUCCCGAACUGCAUCCCUGGUGGCGUGGCUUCACCGGAGACAUCUACAAGCGUCCCAAGGGCUAUCUGAUCCGCGGACGCAUCACCAAAGUGGACGAUCUGACCUACGUGAUCACCGAGCUGCCGAUCGGCCGCUGGACGCAGGACUACAAGCAGAUCCUCACGGAGAUGAUGCUUCCCGAGAAGAAGGCGCCGGUCAUCGCCGACUUCAAAGAGAACCACACCGACACGACGGUGCAUUUCACGGUGAUGCUGACGCCCGAGCAAGCGCAGGCCUUGCAGGGACAGGAUCUCUACAAGUUCUUCAAGCUCGAAGCCGCCAUCACGACGAGCAACUUCAACCUGUUUUCCUCGACCGGGCAGAUCACGCACUACGCCUCGCCGCAGCACAUUAUCGACGAAUUCUUCGAGUUCCGCUUGCCGUACUACCAGGAGCGAAAAGACUUCUUGCUGGCGAAGUUCGAGAAGGAGAUCCGCCGGUUGAGCAACAUGACGCGAUUCAUUCUGGAGGUGGUGGAGGGGAAGCUGAUCAUCAACAACCGGCCUCGUAAGGACAUCAUGCAGGACUUGGUGAAGCGGAAGUACGAUCCGAUCUACCCCGAAGCGAAGAAGACCAGCUCGAAGUCUGGAGACGUGGAGAUCGCCAAGCAGGACGAGAAGGAAGAGGGCGUGGAUCUUGAUUCGGCCGAUGAGAAUCUGAGCAAGUUGCUGAAGGGAUACAACUAUCUGCUGUCGAUGAAGAUUUGGAGCCUGACGAAGGAGCUCGUCGACGAGUUGAAGAAAAACCUGGAGACGGCGCAGAAGAAGAUGCAGGAACUGCAAGACACGCCGCCGAGCCAGCUUUGGAAGAACGAUCUCGACGCGUUUUUGAGCCAGCUUCUCGAGCUGGAGCGUCAGCGAAUGAAGGAAAAGGCGUGGGAGGAAAAGAACCGAAAGCGAUCGGCGAAGAACCGACGUGGCGGCGCGGCUUCGCGUCGUUCCGAUGCGGGUCUCUACGAAGAGCUGAGCGAUGACGACGCGAGUUCGGACGAUGCGGCGCCGCGUCGACGCGGGAAAAUGACGGCGAAGGAGCGCAAGCUGACGGAGACCGCGAAGCGCGCGAACGAAGUGACGUCGCGGUUCAGCAUCUCGGACUACUACAAGCCGCAAGUGCGCGAGCCGACGGCGGACAUGCUGAAGGAACUCAACGCGGUGAUCGACGAGGAGACCGGCGACGUCGUGCAGGUCAAAAAGGAGAAGAAGACGCGCGCGGCGGCCACGGAGGCGACGACUGCGACGACUGCGACGACUGCGACGACUGCGACGACUGCGACGGGUGACAAAUCGGGGAAACCGGGGAAGCCGCGGAAGGGCAAGAAGGAGAAGAUGGAGGAGGAGGAGGAGGAGCCCUCGAUGAUUUUGGAAAGCGACACGGAAGAAGAAGAAGAAGAAGAAGAAGAGUCGAGCGAGGACGACGUGAUCCGCGAGAACCGCGCGGCCAUCGCCAGGAGAAGACGGGAAGAGCAGCAGCAGGAAGAGGAGGAUCGCCAUCUGCAAAACGGGGAAACCGGGGAAACCCAGGAGACGCAGUCGUCUUUGUUGGACUCUUUGGAGCCCAUGGAGGUGGAAGAAGUGGGCAAUGCCGAGUCGGUGGGCAAUGCCGAGUCUGCAAAGACGCCUUCCGGGAGAAAGACGGGCGCGAAGGGAACGACGCGUAGAACGGGCACUCGGAAGACCGCGAAGGAAACCGUGGAAACCGUGGAAACCGGAAAAGAGACGGAGAAACCGAAACGAAGAGCGGCGGCGAAGCGAACGACGGCGGCGAAGAAGAAGAAGGAGGAGGAAGAGAAAGAAGAAGAAGAGGUGGAAGAGCGUUCCGAAUCGGAAGAAUCGGAGGAAGAUGGGUACGUUCCGCUCGCAGAGAGAUUGAAGAUGAGCAUGAAGGACGAUGUGCACUCUUCGAUCGUGGACGAACUGACGAACACGAAGUCGAGCGUUCCUGCUUCUCGGAAACGCAGAGCGACGAAGAAGGACGAGAUGUCGAGCAAGCGCACGAAAACGUCGAAGGAUAGCGACAGUAGUGACUCUCUUUUCGGUUUUUGA